CUUGUACAGAUAUGAGCCUCCAGGUUUGCCACUGCGGCUGGUCCAAAAGGACCACUUACCACGGCCUGAGGACCCACCAGGGGAAAAUGGGAUGCACAUCCAAAGGAAUAAGGAUUCCUGAGAGUCAACAGUUAACUUUUGACAAUUACCUUCCUAAAAAUUCAUACAUCCCAGUCACAUUGUGGCCAGAUGUGUAUAACUCUAUCAACGCUGAUAUGAGCCUCCAGGUUUGCCACUGUGGCUGGUCCAAGUUGACUACUUACCAUGGCCUGAGGACCCACCAAGGGAUAAUGGGAUGCACACCCAAAGGAAUAAGAAUUCCUGGAAGUCAACAGUUGCCGGAUGUGUAUAACUCUACCAAAGCUUCAUCUGAAACACCACAGCACUCCUUCCAAGCAUCCAUCAACUCGGACAAAGUUCGCAGGACACUUGAUUUCUCAGCUGGUGGGCAGCACAAGCAGAUUUGUGAUUUUUCUGAGCAUCCUGCUGCAGGGCCCAAAGUGUCCUCUUAUGAGCUACUUCUUACUAACACACAGUUACUUGAUUGCUCCUCAAUUUUCCAGAAGGUGGAGCAAACAGACUGGCAACUUCCAACAAUCAUGCCUCAGACAACAGCACCAACCUAUCAGAAACCUGAGGAUGAUCAAGAAUUAAUAAAAGAUACAACGAGGCAAAAUGAGAGCCGACUUACAGCAGAGAAUUCAAACAAGGGAAGAAAAGGUGGCUGAACUUCGAUCAAAUGUGAAAGCCUACAAGGCUACUCUGGACCAAGAGUGGCUGGAGAUCAACAGUAUAUUCUCAGACGUGAUUAAUGUUGUUCAGGAUGCUCGGCAGAAAGCCCUACAACCACUGGAGGAAAGGUUAGUCCUGUGCACCCAAUGGUGAAGACCACUGAAUCUUUAACUGUUUGAAUUUAUUUUCCCUCUCCUGUACAACAGCUACAGGACCUGCCCCUAAGUUUUCUAUGCACAGCUGGACAAAAAAAUGUCUGUAACUGCAUAACUAAAGCUAACUCUCUAAUGUCAUUAUUGUUAGGAGAUGGACAGCAAUGAAAGAGGCAAAAGAUGUGAUCCAGAAAAUUCUGAAAGAAACUGACAAAUUCAAAAAAAGCAUCAUUCAGUUGGACGGAAAUGGAAAUUUGGAGGUAAGCC